AUGAGCCUCUGCAAGGGACAGGUCCGUCCGGACAUGUACGGUCUGGGCAUCAGGAUCUCGUCAUACGUGCAGUGGUUUGCCGCCAUCGUCUUCCAACGCACAGGCCCAGAGUCUCUGCCCGAGAUACGGCUCCUCGGGCUUUUGCUCUCGGGCGGCGUCGCCAUCGGCCUGCUCCACCAGAUCAGCCAGGGUAAGCUUGACGCAGCGGCCAUAUAUGUUCUGCUGCUCCUGGCGACGGGCCCGCACACGUUCCUGGUGCCCGUGUAUAUCUGGCGAGCCUUGACCUGCUGCGACCCUUUCUGGAACCCGCUCGAAGGAUACGGGGAAGAGCAGUUGCGAGUCUUUCGUGUGUUGAACUUUGCCCUCAUCAUCACGGCAUCGUCGAUCGGCGUCUGGUUUUACACGACGCACUUGCCGGCGCUGAACAGGGGUUGCGUGCAGUAUGGAUUCUUCUUCGGCAAAACGUCGCUCGACGACAACGCGCCGUUUGCCGCUCUGAACGCGCUGCUCUACCUACUCAUGGUGCUGACAGAGCGCUUUGAGCGGAUGCGCGCGCCGCACACGCUCGUGAACCUGGUCGUUUUCGCCGUGCUCGUUGUGGCCGUCGAGCUGCCGGUGCAAUGGAACGAGCUUUGGGGGUCAAACCAAAUCGACACGAGCGCGCAAGUGAUUCCGCUGCUCGUCAGCGUCGGCAUCGUCGUGCGAGUGACAUAUCUGCACUUUGUCGAAGACGGCGACGAGGAACGAUCGACGGUGGUGCCUUUGGCCGCGGUGCCUGAGGGCAAUGGAUGGGCAUUGGAGAUGCCGCGGCAGGUUCCCGCUGCCUACGCGGGCCGGGGGGCGAGGAGAAUGGGAUGA